AUGGGUUUUCGAUUAAUCCGGUGGCUGGUGUGCUGGUUUUCAGGAGCUGAAGGAGAGCUUCAAUUACGGCUUGUUCUGCCCGCCCGUGAAUGGAAAAGCCGGGAAAUUCUUGGACGAGGAACGUCGCCUCGGCGAUUAUCCCUUCAAUGGACCCGUCGGCUACUUGGAGCGGACUUUGCCGAAAUUUGGCAAGCAGCUCUUCGGUUGAAAAUGCUAAUCGUAAUUCUUCUUUCGAUGGAACAAGGGAAAGAAUUGUGCACUGCGAAGCCACAGUAUUACCUUCGUGAUGAUAAUAGUGGUGAAGUGAAAUCCCCACGACUUUGGGAAAGAGAAGAGUUGAAUUGACACGCGUCGAUCGCCUCGUUCAAGGGUUUUUGCCAUGAUUCAGCGUCACAACUCUUAAUCAUCCGCCCUAUUCGCCGUGGAUCUCGCUGCUUUCACUCUCUAAAAUGAAAAGAAAUCAUCACGAUCUCGACUGAAGAGCUCCGGGCACUGUUUUUCGCCCAAUUUCGAUCUGAGAAGUCGAUCCCGAACGAGUGUACACUUUGAAACACGACGAAACAAUCACGCAAUAAAUUUUAUAAAUUUGUAUACUACAUUAUAAUAUUUAAUAUUCAGUUAUAAAUUAUAAAUAUAAAGUUC